AUGACGUGGAAGCAAAUUGCGUUCGUUUGUGUGAACGCGCUCAUCAUCAGCGUUGAGGACGAGUUGAUACGCUCAGGUGGUCAGAAGGAGGUGGUGAUGGAUGCCGAUCCGGAGGCCUUCAACUUUAACAAGGUCGCCGACGCGGAGAUCGUGGGGUUGGUUGAUGAUGCCUGCGACUUGGCCGUUACCGUCUUGGCUUGCGGCUCGCCGCUGGCAAUAGGCCACAUGCUGCUGGUGCCGCGGCGAGAUGUCAUCACUCCCCAGGUUCUGAGCACGGAGCUCCUCCGAUGUGGGCUACAGAUGGUUGCCAAAUCUUUGAGAAGGGAUUUUCGGCUGCUGUUCAACUCGCUGUUGGGCUUUGCAUCUGUGAACCACUUCCACUACCAUGGUCUCUACCUCGAGUACUGUGGCUUUACACAUAGGCAGUUCCCCGUGGAGCGAGUGGAACGGUCAACUGUGGGUGGAAGCAGAACCGAGGGCAAGCUCUGCGCGGAGCUGCUGGCAGAGUCCCAGUGGUACUGCCGAGGGCUGGUGUUGUCGGCGGGCAGCCAGGUGGGAGUCACCGGGGAGCCGCCGCCAGCAGAUAUCGAGGCCUUGGCCACGUUUGCUGGCAACGUGAUUGGCCUUCUGCAGUCCAGGAAUAUUCCUCACAAUGUCAUGAUUGCGCCAUACCAGGGCGAGAGGAAACCCAGGCAAUUCGAGGAUUUAUUCGCGGAGGUGAAUGCGACGCCCCUCGCAGCAUCGCCAGAGGUGUAUAUCUUUCCGCGGCAGUCCGAAGACAAGUACCGAGCGGACGGCGGCUUCAACGCUGCGAUCUGUGAAAUAUCAGGGCUGAUCACAUCCCAUGAUGAAGAGCGUUUCCAGCAGUUCGACGAGGACAAAGUUUCGAGCAUCUUCAAGGAGGAUGUGUCGCUUGCUGGCGACGACUUUGAUGAUCUGAUCUGCAAG